UGGUGAUGUUGUGCACAAAAUUGGUGGCCGCUUGGAGCUCGCGGAACACGAUGAAUACCCGGGUGGUCUCCCAACCAGGUAGUUGCGUUACGUCCACGUAUACCUUCACAUAUGUCACCCGUUCACUCGAGAGCGAGUACGUGGCGAAGUCUGCGAUGCUAGGCCCAGGCACAUUCACCUGUUGGAUGUCGUAUCACAACUGCCAGUCAUCAUUGAAUUGCAGCUGCGAGGUGAUCUGCGAUCGACGUUUGAAAAUGUUCGACCAACUCACUCCCCUGCUGGUGAUGGCUCAUUCUGUGCGACCAAGUCCUCGACCUCAAACGACGAAGGGGAUCAGAGGGUGGAAGAAGAAGAAGCAGGGGGAGGACGAGGAGGCAGAGGGAGAAGGCCUCGAUGGGGCCGGAGCCCGCUCGCGACUCAGCGAUGGCUGGAACAAACGAAAGGCAACAGCGUGGCGAGUCAGCGGCCUGGCUUGCGUGUUCGGUGGGCCAUUGGGGUGUACGAGGCGAGUGUUACUGAAGCCACAGACGACUUCGAAGCACGACAAGCCGCGAGGGCAGGCGCGGGCAUUAGAGGACGCCGGGGAAGAGGAGAAUCGUAAGGCGCAAAAGAAGUGUUGUGUCUACAAGUACAUCCGCGUGGGUCAGUGUCUCGGGGAGAGGUUCCGUGGGAACCGCAUGUUGAAGUGCCUGCAGGGGAAAGGGUGCCCGUAUGUGACCAAUGAGGCACUGGUGGACAUACACCACAACUUGGACUACAAGCUGGAGGGCAAGAUCCUUGACCGGGUGCUUCGGUUCGAGGAGCUUCACGGUCCCGCACCUGCAAUGGAUCCGCGCAGGGACGAGGGAGGGGUGGCGGGGGCAGGACAAGAGAGGGGUGAAGAGGAGGUGGUCGACGUAGACAACGGCGAGGAGGGUGCGCAGGAAGCGCAGCCUGACCCGUCGAUGAGGGACCGAGGGAAGGGCGUCGUUCACGAGCUGUGGGGUCAGCAGGGCCAUUUCUUUAAGGGAGCGCACGUGCCGGCUCGCACUCAGGCGCAUCGGGAUGCAGAAGACACAGCGGCUGCUGUGGGGAAGAGAAAGGAUAGAGAGGAGGGGGCAAGGCCAGGUGGGCAAAAGCGGCUAAGACAAAACACCAUCACAGAGUCGUAUUCUUCCAAAUGGCAGAUGGAGUUUAAGAAGAAGUUCUUGAGGGGGCCCCAACAGAGGCCAAAGAUUCGACGGAUCACGUGGAUGUCGUGCGUAGUGCAUGUCUGCAACAAAACGUUGUCAUACAUUGGCUUGUCAAGCCCGUGGUCAAAGGACGUCAUUGUGCGGGGGAGAGCGGUGGUGCGCUUCAUUAAGGAGCACGACGCCGCUCUACAUAUCUUCAGGGGGGAGAGCACGCAGAUGGGACUUAUUUAUCCCUAUGAAACACGAUUCGCAUCUGUGUUCGCCAUGAUGGAGCGUUUGCUGGCAGUCAGGUUAGCGUUGGCGAGGACGGUGGACGGCGACGGUUGGGGUUUGGUCCCCUGGGACAGUACCAUCGCUCAACUGCCUCGGUGGGUAAGGUGGCAGGUGCGGCAUGGUCCUUGGUGGGAUAGCAUGGGUGUGCUUGUCCGCAUUAUGGAGCCCGUGUACGACAUGCGUCGCAGGUUGGACUGGGGAGGGCUGCACAUGUCGCGGGUUGUGAAGUGGACGCAGGACGUGACACGCGAGGUCCAGGCACUUCCAUCACGUGUUGCACACUUCAUUAUGCAGAAGGUGCAGGCUCGGUGCGAUCACAUGUUGGAGCCCGUGCACGCCGCUGCCCACCUUCUCUGUCCCAGUCGCCGAGACUUGAGGUACUACAAGGGAGUCGUCCGCGACUACGAUGCGAGACUCGUGCGGGAGGCAGAGACGUACAUCCUGACACAGACUGGGUUUAGUGUCGYGAGCCCUGAUUACGAGGCUGCAUGUGCCCAGUUGCGCGACUUCCACACAUGGAGAGGGGGGAUUGCGUGGGGGGGGGAGGGAUGGAGACAGGGAGGCACAGAGGUGCACCGGCGACGUGGAGACAUACGAGGCCGGUUGUUGGUGGUCGAAGUGGGGACAGUGCGCCCCGCAGCUGCAGGCCAUCACUCUUCGUGUCAUGUACAUGUGGACAUGUUCCUCUCCUGCAGAGAGGAACUAGGCCAUCCACGAGGCUGUGCACACGAAGAAGCGCAACAAAGCGCAACAAGCUCGAGUUCGAGAAGGUUGCGAAGUUGGUCGAGAUCUCGGCCAACUUCCGCCUUCUCUCUCACCAGCGAGCUGACUGUGGCUUUGCAUUGCCAUGGAUGGUCGACGAGUCCAUGUUGGAUAUCGAGGGAGGCAUCGGGACUCAGCCGGCGUGGCAGGGGACGGACCCGAGAAGGUCGCAGGAGGACCGAGAGAGGCAGAGACGGUCGUGGACGCGAGACCCGUGUGGGUCGAGAGCUCCUCCUGGAGAGGUUGGAGAGGUUUUUGAGACUCGGGCUGCCAUGUUGCGCCCCUACCCCAGAGAUGACGACAGUGAUGACGAAGGCCCUGAGGGGGGGGAGGAGCGGGCGGGGACCUGCUGACCAUCCGGCCUUGCAGGAGGCCGAUGAGUGGAGCGACCCGAAGGACGUUCGUAGACGUAGCGGUGGGGGCAACCUUUUCGGUGGAGGUGACGGGAGCCCUCUUGAGCGAGAGUGGCCUUCAUCUCCUGGACCCCAUGGGCCCCAGUCUGUCGAUACGCAGGCGGUGCACGGAUUUGCGCGUUCUAGGGGGGCAGAGUCAGCUUGCGGUGGCGGCGUUCCUGGGCAGCAUCCCGGACGUAUUCGCAGCGGGAUGGCUUCAUCCGGCGUUGUUCCCCCUCCGUCGGGGGAUCUUCAUCGAGAGGUUCGCGAUGGGACGCAGGGGGAGGCAGCUAUACUCGAGGCAGCUUCAGCAGGGACGCAGGGGGAGGCAGCUGCAGGCGAGGCGACCGCAGCAGGGAUGCAGGGGGAAGCGACCAGACGCGAGGCAGCUGGAGGCGAGACGGGUGGAGGCGAGGCAACUGGGAUGCCGUGGGAGGUGCAGGGGUUGCCCGAGACCGGGGUCGCUGCACCAGACGACUCGCGUCUUGUGCUCGACCAGCCUCUUCAUGACGGGCGGAGGACCGAGCAUGCUUUGCGUGAGACCGAGGACAUGCCUCCAGGUCUGGAGGACAUACACACGGGUGGUGUCGCCUCGAUCGUAGAGCGACAUGUAGGCAGGGGCAUGUGCAUGCCUCCGAUCCCCCCUUUCGCACCAUCUAGGGAGAGGACACAAUCAAGGUUUGUGCUUCAGCCUCGCGACACUCUUGCAUUCGGUUGUAUGACCGCCGAGGACUUGGAGGCGCAAGACACGAUGGAUUACACCGGGAUCGACAUCGGCCGACCGGACUUGUCUUGGGCGUCAGCCAGCCCGAGCUUACCAUCUGGAGGUUCUACUGCAGCGCCCUCUCACGGGGGUGCAGGGCCGUUGUCACCCUCGUCCGCAGAUGUCCACACCCCGACCAGUACAGCGGCCGCUGACGUAUGGUUUGAGAAAGACCUCCAUCAUUUUAGAGGAGCCCGAGGUUGGUCGACGAGCGAGGCAAGCCCGACAUGUGUCGAUCGAUCGACGCCAGGAGGGGGAGACUUCGGGGGCAGACGGUCUGCCUAUGCGCCGAGAGUCCGACAUGUUGAUUUGGCAUCCGCAGGCGUCAGACCAACUAGAGGCAGGAGAGUUAUCAUGGAGGACGACCCCGACGACCCUCCUGAGCCUUCCAUUGCUGCUCGUGGCGAGCAAUGCUAGAGAGGUCGACCGCGUGGCACUGGUCGGACACAUGGACGAGCUUCGCAUCGGUCUGGGCAGCGUUCGCCUGCGAA